AUGCAUGCAUGGACGAAUGAGGAUCUAUUGGCGCCAAUCACUGCAGGGAACAACGUCCGCCAGUGCAGUCAUAUCAGGGGAGGUCCAAAGAUUAUUGGCCCAGAGAGAACGAACCACUGCAAGGGCUAUUGGGGAAAUGUCUCGAGUGGACCACUCAGUGAGGCAGCUGGCUGGCUGCAAGGCACGGCAAAAGCGGGUCAGCUUGAGGGUGAGACGAGGAAUAGUGGACCCCUGGUGAGAAGUCUAGUGGACAGGACAGACAAGACAGCAACCCAAAGCUCAAGGUUCACCAGGCGAGCUCCAACAAAGUGGAGUAUUCCACUCCGCAAAUGGAAUGGAACGAAUGGAACCAUGGAAGACACGAAGAGAAUGCACAAAAUCGAACACAGAUAUGAUGUAAUCCGAAACCAAGGGGAACGGAAAGGAACCGUUCUACGUACCGCUGAAGGAUAA